GAAAAACUCGAAAACUCAGAGCCAUCAAAACGGAACCACUUAGCGAGCGAGAAAGCAAAGCCAAGACGCUUUUGACUGCUUCUUCAAAAAGCGAGGCAUCGUCAAACUCUCUGUCCCCCUGAAUCCGCCAUCCGCCCCCGGUCCGGCCGCCUAUGGAUUACCCUCCGAUCUACCGUCUUCCUCAGGACUCUCUUCACCAGAUCUUCUCCUCCCUCCCUCUCCGUCAGAUCAUCGUCUGCCGCGCCGUCUCCAAGUUCUUCAACCAGUUUCUCACCUCUCCUUCCUUCAUUCACUCUGUCUCUUCCCAGCAUCCACCUCUUUAUCUCCUCGCUCUCCGCCCACCUCACCAUCGCCAUCUUCAUCACGCCCAACGCCACCAUGUCUCCUCUCCUUCCCUUGAUGUCUUCGACCCUGACCUCAAUCAAUGGCUCAAAUUCCCUCUCGAUUUCCUUCCAUUUCGGUCGCUUCAACCCGUCGCAUCCUCCCUGGGACUUGUCUAUUUCUGGGGUGAAUCGUCCGACUCCCUUGAUUCCAACAAGUCACUGGUGGUCUGUAACCCAUUGACUCGGCAAUUUCGGGUCUUGCCACAGCUGGGAUCCGCUUGGUCGCGUCAUGGAUCAGUCCUUGUUGACUCAGCCAAUCGGGUUAUGGUUCUUACUGAACUCGCGGCUCUAUACUUCUCGGGCACAUCAAAGCACUGGCUGAAGUUCUCAUCGAAUCUGCCCUCGAAACCUAGGAGCCCAAUUUUGGUUUCUGACUCAGUUUACGCGCUCUGUGAUGUUGGGUCGCCUUGGAGAAGUCAAUGGAAGCUGUUCUCUUGCAAUCUUACCAAGCUCACUACCUCGCAGACUUGGACUCGUCUUGAAAGGCAGGAAUGGCGAGACGUGUUCGACAUUUUGAAACGGCCCCGUCUGGUACGCGGAGUUGGAAAUCGGAUUCUGAUGGUUGGUGGGUUGAAAUCUUCCUUCUCAUUGAACUCGCCUUGCUCAACAAUUUAUUUGAGGUUGGAUUUGGAC